GUCAUAGCCAAAACGUCUUGUGUUGGAAAAAAAUAUUGUGGAAGGGUAGCAAUACGAGUCUUGUGUCGAGAAAAAAAAAAAAAGAUAGAGAAGUAGUGGUAGCGGUGGCGUUCUUGCAGCGUCUCCGAACCCCAAAAGAUUAAGAUAGAGGUAUAAUAGUUAGUAUAUCUGUUGAUUGGCGGGAAGAGCAUUAAGAGAAGCAAAUAAGACGCUGAAGUAUUUCUUUUGGCCAGAAAUGGAUUGAAGUAAGUAUUAAUACGCCUAAUCUCUUGGGUAACAUCAUCAUCUACAUGCCUUUCGGUGGUCAACCAAGAGAAAUGUGGAGGACUGACUGGACAAACAACUAUCACGCACUACGCAUAGAUUGUGAAUGUUGAGUGAUGGCCCAGACUCCAAAGAGGUAUAGACUAGCAGCUUAAGACUCGUCGGGGCUGCACUAUCCUUACUACACCCACUCAUAAACAUGACCAAUUAUGCCAUGGAAAUGGGCGCUGUCGCAAUACAUUUCUGCUAAGAAAAUAACCAAAGUUGAAUGGUAUGAGAGGAUUGAGGAUAUCAAUAGUACCGAGAAGGACAUUGUAAUUGAGCUUCAACAUCAAAGGUUCAAGACGUACGUGGAUAACAAAGCCUCACCAUUUAUUGUGAAGAACAAACCCUCUUCAACAUACACAUCUUCUCAUCCUCCUAGUAAACGACUCCGCGAAGACUUUGCAGAAGGCAGCGAGUCAUCCUGGGAGCUUUUGUCCCAAGGCGAUAUCGUUGAUAUACUGCAGGAGAUGAGACCCCAUCAAUAUAUGGGCGAAUUGUUAGGUGUUAAACAAGAGCAUAUAUUCUCCUGUGAGAUGGAAGAUUUGGACAUAGGAGCGCUCUUCACCCAGUAUUUCCGAACAUGCUGCCUCGAGUCAUUUAAGCGUUCAUACCCUGAAGAUGCACUUGCGCUAUCAGCAACCCUACUGAUAAAGAAGGACUUUCGUUCACCUCGACUUCUCAAAGCAUUUGGCAGCCAACGAUUGACAUCACUGAGAGACACACUGCUUAAGACAGUAGUUCCCGUCCUGAAUGCUGCUUUAUUAGAAAAGCAGCAGGCACUUGUGUCAAAAUGGGUUGGAUGGGUCGGUCUUGUUUCCGAAAACAGAGAUGAGAACUUGGUCAAGCGAAUGGAUGUCUUAGAUCGACUGCAUAGUGAUUGGAAUGAGGCUAAAGACCUUGAUCUUACUGCAAUUUUCAUAUACAUCAUGACAAGUAUUCAAGGACUGUUUGCAUCACAAGCAUUGGACUUUCUAGAGGCCGAUGGCAUUGCGUCCUUCGUCCGAAAUCUGCUCGUGGCAUUCCUACAUGAAGUGGACUUGGUUCGAUUUUCAUGCGCGGACAAAGCCUCAAUAGCCUCACGUUACAACAAGGCAAUCAACCACCUACAGGGUCGAUCAAAGCUGCCCGACAUGGUAGGAGCCUUGACUUAUGAAGGGGUUAAGAUUGAAACUUUUUUUGGUGAGGCAAGUAGUGUUGCUGCAAAAGACCCAUCCAAAUAUGGCGGCGAUACUGUAAGAUUAGGAGUUUUUGGCAAGAAUGCCCAUGAUAUGAUUGACAACCUUGUGGAUCUCGAGGUGCCACUGCUUCUCUUCAACAUCAAUGGACUUUUGUUGCAAGCAUUUGUAAUGAAGAAAGCCCAGGGCAUAUAUAUGAUGACGGAGAUCGGAACGGGACGAGUCCCUUGCUCUGUUAACGAUCUGAUAUACCUCUCGCAGGAUCUACCGUUUUGGUUGAAGAUCAGAGAGAUUGCUAGGAGGACAUCAGCGUCUAUUGUACAAGCAGUGGAUGAUGGCAAAGUUGACCAUCACCGCAGGAAAUCUUUUUACCCUGCUCUUACCACUCCAUCGGCGAAGAGUGCACUAAAAUCUGCG